AUGUUUCUUAGCAACGCGGGACGUUAUACUCGUCUCCGCGCAAGCUACAUCGAAAUCUCCAAUUACCUCCGCAGCCGGUCAACGGGAUUGCGGACUGAUUUACAAAAACCUUCUUUGGCCAGGAGCUUUCACCAAAGACAAUGCCUUCUGGAACAGCAGACGAGUAAGCCAGAGACCCCAGCGUUCCUGGAACAAUACAAGAAGGCCGUUGAGUUUCCUUCGGCAACGAAUGAUUUCGAGACCUUCAUUGCCAAUGCGUCCGCUGGCCAGGAGGUUGUCCUUCAUGGAUAUCUUGGCACUCGCUCGGACCUUUCCAAGAAGCUAUCCUUCGUGCGCCUGACAGAUCCCACCAUGAAGCAUACAAUUCAAUUAGUCUCGUUUUCCAAGAAUAGCCCUCUAGAAAAGCUGAAGUCUAUCAAUGUGAACAGUCCAGUUGCGGUGCGGGGCAUAGUCCAGCCCAAGAAGUCAAAGGGAUCUGACGUCGAACAAUUGGACUCGUGGGAAAUCCAGGUCACUGAAAUUGACCCACUGAAUGAGUUUCCAAAAGAGAUUAUCAUGACUCAGGAUACUACAUUUGCCCCCGAGCACAGAUAUCUACAAUUGCGCUCCGAUAGUGAACUUCGGGAUGCGCUGCGAUUUCGUGCUCAAGUUCGCAAUAUUUGCAAGGAAGAACUUGAAGAAUGUCGGCCUCCUUUUGUCGAAAUUGAAACGCCACUCCUCUUCAAGUCUACACCUGAAGGCGCUCGCGAGUUUCUAGUGCCGACUCGAAGGCGCGGCCUAGCCUACGCUCUGCCGCAAAGCCCCCAGCAGUACAAGCAGAUUCUCAUGGCCAGUGGAAUACCAAGAUACUACCAGUUUGCACGCUGUUUCCGCGAUGAAGACCUGCGGGCAGAUAGACAACCUGAAUUUACACAGCUUGAUAUGGAAAUGUCAUUUUCUACCGGAGAGAACGUCAUGAGGACCGUUGAAGGGAUCAUUCGCAGACUCUGGUCCUCCCUAAUGAAAGAUACAGCGCCAUCUGGUCCGUUCCGGAGAAUGCCAUAUCAGGAAGCCAUGAGCCGGUAUGGUUCCGACAAGCCUGACACGAGGUUCGGAAUGGAGAUAUCACGGAUUGACUAUCUUCUGCCCGUUGAUCUUGUCAACAAGAUUACCCCUUUGGUUGAUCCAAUCAUAGAAGCUUUCAAAUUUGAAGGCAACGACAAUGAUCCAAUUGCGGCUUCAGAAUUCAUUGGCCAAUUCCUCGACUCCCCAGCUGGUGCCCCAUUCAACAACAAUCCCGAAGGUGGCCCCGGAAUUUUCAUUUACGAUGCGAAGAAACCCCUCUCCGGCUUACAGCCGUUCGGUUUUGAAGCUGCGGAACAUAUUGAGGAACUUCUUGAUCCUGAUCACGGUGAUUUGAUCGUGAUUCAAGCCCGUGAGAGGGCACCCUUCGCUGGCGGCUCCACCCCAAUCGGCGACCUUCGCCGUGCCCUUCACACCGCCGCGGUUACUUCUGGCUUUAAGCCUGCGCCCACCGGAUAUGAUUUUAUGUGGGUUGUGGACUUCCCGCUCUUCUCGCCCUCGAGCGAUUCAGAACCUGGCCAGGGUGGUGCUGCAGGCAUUUCAUCCACGCACCAUCCUUUCACCGCACCGAAGACUGCCGCAGACGUUGACCUACUCCUGACCGAUCCAACCAAAGCCGUGGCCGACCAUUAUGAUCUCGUGGUCAAUGGAGUCGAGCUAGGUGGUGGAAGUCGGCGUAUCCACGACGCCGCCGUGCAGGAGUUCAUCCUUCGAGAUAUCCUCCAGAUGCGGCCCGAAAGGCUUGCUGACUUUUCGCACUUACUGGAUGCGCUACGGGCUGGAUGUCCCCCACACGCUGGACUGGCGCUUGGGUUCGACAGGCUUGUCGCAGUGAUGCUGGGCAAGGAGUCUGUGCGGGAUGUCAUUGCCUUUCCCAAAACUGGUAAGGGUGGUGAGGAUGCUAUGGUCAAGGCACCUAGUAUGAUGACGGAGGAAGCGUUGGAGACAUACCAUCUUCACUUGAGGGAUGAAUGA